CGAUAAGGCGGUGGCGGUGGCGGUGGCGGCCGCUCGGGGACCACUGGCAGCGGCGGCAGCUCGCUUCCGCGCCCUCCUCGCACCUGAGGCGCCCCCCCGGAGACCAACCCCCCGCCCCGCGGCCCAGGCCGGGGCCCCGGCUGGGGAAGCGCUUGUGGGGCCCGACCGACCGACUUCCCCUUGCAGAACCCAGCGGGUGCCGCGUCUCCACCUGGGGCCUCCAUCACCCCCACCGAGCCAUGUUCCAGGCUGCAGAAGCCGCCCAGGCCACCCCCUCUCAUGAAGCCAAAGGCAGCGGUGGCAGCAGCACUGUCCAGCGCUCCAAGUCCUUCAGCCUUCGGGCCCAGGUGAAGGAGAGCUGUGCCGCCUGCCAGAAGACUGUGUAUCCCAUGGAGCGGCUGGUGGCCGACAAGCUCAUUUUCCACAACUCUUGCUUCUGUUGCAAGCACUGUCACACCAAGCUGAGCCUGGGCAGCUAUGCGGCACUGCACGGGGAAUUUUACUGCAAACCCCACUUUCAGCAGCUGUUUAAGAGCAAAGGCAACUACGAUGAGGGCUUCGGCCGGAAGCAGCAUAAGGAGCUCUGGGCCCACAAGGAGGUGAACUCCGGCACGAAGACAGCCUGAGGCCCUGCCGCCGUCCACUGUCUCUGUAGAAGGCGGCCUGGAGAGGGGCAGUGGGAAGGGUGGGAAAGAGAUUGGACCUGGGCUUGGGUUGGGGGACGGGGUGGGACAGGGAAAGGGCCAUCUUGCUCAGGCAGAGGAUUAGGGGGGCAGGGCUCUGCUCCAGGAUUCCUUCAUUCUCCCUGGGGGGGGGGGGUGGUUUGGGAACCAGGAUUGGGGUUUGCUCACCACCCUGCUUCCUACUUCUUUCAGCCUACCCCACCUCACCCCCUGGCCCCCUGGGAGGCCCCCAAGCCCAGCUUCCCUAUCUAGGUGCCUUUUCUCCAGCAAGGAGUCACCAUGCCCCCUCAGGGUCCCAAGCUCCCUCACUGCCACCUGGGGCCCUCUGGGGACCCCAUGUCUCUCCAUCUACCUCUGCCCUUAGCCUGGUCCUGAGCCAUGGAAACCGGAGGAAGGAGAGCCGGCGUGCCCUCGCUGGGCCUCACAGAAUGCCCACCAAGGCCCUGGGCAGGGGAGGGGGAAGUGGAUUAGCCCUGCCCUCCCCCGAAAGCGAGGCAGGGCAUGCCCAGUGGGGCUUGGGACCCAUCUUGCACCGCCGGAGUCAAGAAGCGGAAGCUCAAGCACCCGCCAGGCUGAGAGCCAGGGACUGGCUGGGGGCUGGUGUGGGCCACGCUCCUCUCCUCUUCUCCCGUUGCUGCCGGUUCUGACUGUUGUGAUCAACCCUGUUUUUAAACAUGUUUUAACAGCUUCUGA